CGUGCACCGCAGCUUGUGGCGUCAAAGCGCUCGCCGUGUCCAUGGAGAGAGGCUCAAGCGGCCAAGCUCCAGCCUGAGGCCCAGGGGCUCUGGGACGGCGAGGAUGUCGGCUUCGCUCGUCCGGGCCACUGUCCGGGCAGUGAGUAAGAGGAAGCUACAGCCCACCCGGGCUGCCCUCACGCUGACACCUUCAGCAGUAAACAAGAUAAAACAGCUUCUUAAAGAUAAGCCUGAAAACGUGGGUGUAAAAGUUGGUGUACGAACCAGGGGCUGUAAUGGUCUUUCUUAUACUCUGGAAUACACAAAGACAAAAGGAGAUUCUGAUGAAGAAGUUGUUCAAGAUGGAGUCAGAGUGUUCAUCGAAAAGAAAGCACAGCUAACACUUUUAGGAACAGAAAUGGACUAUGUUGAAGACAAAUUAUCCAGUGAGUUUGUGUUCAAUAACCCAAACAUCAAAGGAACAUGUGGCUGUGGAGAAAGCUUUAACAUUUGACUCCCUGACUGCUCUACUGUAAGUCCCAGGAAGGUGGAAGCCCUGGGACUUAAUGAAGAAUUCAUGUGGCUGUCACAUGCGUAAAGUUUAUAAUGUAUGGCUGCCUUUUAAGGAAAAUAAAGUGAUGCAUUUUGAAAAUGAAGCCAGUGUGUUAGAUUCCAGAAAAAGUGAUU